ACCGCCAUAUUUCUUUCUUUUCUUGUGUCGAGGUGCGAAACAUCAGCAAAGCGCGUGGUCAUAUACCCAAAAAUGGAUGAGGCAGAAAUUAUCAUCAGUGAAUCGGAUGCGGAAUACCCGGUUUUGCUUUUACCUAAAAAGUGUACUAUGCUUGAAACUAACUGUGAAGCUACUGAUAAUGUAUAUAUUAACUUAAACAUAUCAUCUCAAGACAGACAAGGGAAUGAGAUGAACAUAUAUUCAGGUUUUUGCAACGUUAAAAUCAUAGACAGUGAUGUAGACGUUUUACAUGAAAUGGAUAAUAAUCAGUUUGAUACAGACAAUGUGCUUGGCGAAAUCACAUUACCGGACUGUAAUGACGUGUACAAUGAAAAUCAGUCAGAAAUGUUGAUUGACCCAACGAACAAUCCAUAUGUGAAUAACGAUUAUGAUGUGAAGGAAGCUGACGAAAACUAUUCAGUUUACCAAGCACAUAGAGAACACAUUACAGUAAGGCAUCACAAUACAUACAUAACGCAAAAUGUUUACAACUAUAAUGAAGCUGUACACUAUUCACCAUUUAUGGAGUUUGAGCACAAGAAGUUUGGACGAGUGCAAAUGAGUGAAAUGAAUCCACAACCCAGUGAUCCCGGUUUGGAUGAGGAGCUGGAAUGCGGUGUAUUCCUGUCUCAGUUACCUGAAGAGAUUAUGUUGGCAAAUGAAAGCAAGGCUCGGGAGGAAAUGAAGUACAUUGAUCUGCCGACUGAGAACGACGCUAUCAAGCAGUUGAUGUCCUCCGAUAUGCAGACAAUGUCAAAGCAACAACGGACGAUACUGUACCUGGGGCAUAACUCGCACUACGGUCAAACUAUACAGAAGAUAUCUGUUAACGAUCCCAAGGUUAAAUGCAUUGAGACCGGGAAUGAUCAUAAUGAUGCAGCAUUUGAUGACAACCCCAGCCAAAAGAAAUACCAAUGCGAGAAAUGCAAGCAGAUAUUCUAUCAAAUAGCGGCGUUCAAGCAGCACAUCCAGGUCAACCACUCGUACAAAAGCGCCGCCGCCAGCUGGUCCAAGCCCAGCGACAUCGGCUUCAUGUGCUCAGAAUGCGGGAAGCAUCUCAAGACCCGGGAAAAGUUCGAAUUCCAUUGCAUGGCGCACGGCGACCCAGAUCUAGAAUGCAAUAAGUGCCACAAGGUCUUCGCCUCCAAAUUCACCCUCCGGAACCACAAUAAGAUACACCAGAGGAAACACAAGUGCACGUACUGUAAGAAAGGUUUCCACACAUUCAAAGAUUUGAAGUAUCACUUGGCGAAUAUGCAUUUCGUAUUCAAAUGCGGCUCCUGCGAGUUCUCCUCGACCAAACAUUCCGAACUGGUUGAGCAUAAGAAGGGACACAAGACGAGUGAGGCUGAUGCCAGUGACUCGGAGGUCACUCUGUCCCUGGAGGACUGGACGGAUGGUGCUGCAGCCACCACCGGCGAGGACUUUAGCAUCGUGACGUACGAGAAAGUCCCGCCGAAGCAGGAAAUCCAGGAUCCAGAUAGCGUGAUAGCGAAGGUGAUGUCAAACGAGAUUUUCCUCCUGCACACCAAGAAGGCGAGGAAGUUCAGGAAAUAUAACAAGACCUGCGGCGUGUGUUGCAAACCCUUCGACCGCGUCAGCGACUUGAAGCGCCACCUGAUCGAACACGUCAUCCGCAGCACGUUGGCCAAGACGCCCGUCAACAAGAACGGCACGCUGACCAUCCACUGCGAGGUGUGCCAGGCCCACACAUUCUCCAGGAUCGACAGAUACAAAGCUCACCUCCGGGAGCAUGCGAAACUGACCAUAUACAAGUGCAUCUUCUGCGAUAAGUCCUUCAGCGACUCCAGCAAUUUCUCGAAGCACAAGAAAAUUCACGGCACAACGUUCUUCCAAUGCGACCUGUGCCAACGGAAGUUCAACUCCAAGAAAACCUUAACCCAACACAUGGAGUAUCAUAACAAGAACACCCCCCUUAUGUGCUGCUAUUGCGAAAGGCAAUUCCAUUUCCCCUCAAUCCUCAAGAGACACAUAAAAAUUGCUCAUAUAAGGGAGAACUUGAGUCGUUCGAAGUGCAGAUUCUGCGAGCGCUGUUUUAAGACGUUAAAAGAGAAAUGGGACCACGAAUGGACCGUGCAUAAUGUUAGAAAGAUGAUUGUGGACUGUUUAAUAUGCGGCUCGAAGUUCAGAAAAUAUUCUGAGCUGAAGCGACACUGUAAGGAGUUCCACGAAAUGGAAAUACCGCCGGCUAGGAGGUUGUUGAAAAAAAACCGCAGGGCUUUCAAAUAAAUCGGCGCACAAUCGGUUCUCCAUAGAAAUUUCCUGACAAACAUUCCGAUUUCCGAUUUAAAAGGUUUACAGUCCGCUAUGUUGCUACAAAUAUCUGCAGGUCAUUUAAAUAAAGCGACAUUUAUAGGAUUCUCUUUAGAAAAUGCCCUUGUUUUAAAAUUAUUAGGUCGUUAGGGUUGGAAGUUCAAACUCUGAAAAUAUUCAGAAUUAAAACGAGAAUUAAAAAGUGUUUCGAGUGCAAAGUGUUAAUAAAAUCGGUUAGGUUGUUGCAAAAUAAGCGCAGUGAUUAAUUAAAACUAAAUCGGUUCUGUAUAGAAAUAUUUUUUGAGUGUUAAAACCUUUGGUCAGAAAAUCUUCUUAAUUGUAACGACUAACUUAUUAAAGAGUUUUAAGAAUUGUGUUGUAUAUCUCAAUGAAUAUUGGGGUGUAUUUUUCUUUGGUUUAAAAUUCAGAAAUAUGAAAAGCGGGUUGCAAAAUCAUAGUUCCUAGUAAAGUGCCACCUAUCGGUUUUAUUUAGUAAUAUAGGCUGGCCCUUUAAGCAUCACUGCUACGUUACGAUCACGACUUGUUAAAUUAUUAUAGUUCUAUCUAAUAUAGAUCUAGUUUUCAUUUUUAUGUUUAUAAUUUUUUUUUUUUAACUAUUUUUAAAUAUAUUUCAAAUAGUUAAAAAAAAAAUUUAUAAACAUGUUUACUUAAUUUUAAAUUAAGUAAAUUAUUCGAUGUAUUUUGCAGUAACAAUACUGGUCUUCUAACAAAAUCACAUUUAUCGGUUUUCUAUACUAAUGUAUUUAGAUUUUAGAUGAAAUUAAAAAUAAAUGUUACUUACAAAUGAUUACGUUAUGCAAGGCAUUUUGGACCUGCUUGACUGAUUUUUACUUAUUUAUUACGAGAUUGUGAACACAAGUUACAUUUUGUUAUAUAUUUUAUUUUGUUGUUAAUUACCUUUGUUGUAGAGUUUUUAUCGUUAUUCUUUGAGACUGAUUAACGUGUAAGUAAUAGUUUAAUAUUUUGAAGUAUAAAUAAGAUAUGGUAUGCGUUUACAAAGAUUAUGAUGAUUUUUUCAAAUCAAUCAAUGAUUUGGUUGGAGACUGAUUUUACUCAAUAGUUCUAAGAUAUUUCAUCUUUAUAGCAGUUAUUUACAUUUGUUUAUAGAAAAGUUGUUUGUAUGUGUACAUGUGUUUAUUACUACGAAAUUACACUAAAUCGAGAUUUGUGAACCUAAGUUACAGUGCAACAAUUCACAAAAUUUAUUGAUAAUGCCCUGAGUAAAUCAAUAUUCAUAUGUAUGUGUCCGAAUACAUAAAUGACUUCGCAAUUUGAUAAGGUAAUAAAAAGCUAGUAUUUUUCCGUUAGCCGUGGAUUGCAAAAAAUCCAAAUUAGGCUGCACAAUAUUCGAUAUUAGUUUUAAUAAUAAACGGCCUGAAAGCCACUUCUAGUUUAUCAUUGUAUGGCUGGAACAUUAAAUCACCAUUAUUGGUUAAAAUUAAUUUAAAUAAUACUGCUGUUGUUAAAAAUUAUCGUAUCUAUUAUAGAUUCAAAAUAAUUAAUAAUACUUGCUGAGUAAAUAAAAUGAAUUACUACUAAAUCAUUACUUAAGCGAUAAUUUAACAAACCUAAUUAUUUUGUCCAUUUAAAAAAAGUUGAUUUAUAUGAUCGCUGUUUUCAGAAUUAGAAGUACCUUAAUCGAUUCUUAUUAAUGUCAAUUUUAUAUACUUAAGUUGAAAUGUAAUCUUUAUUAAUAGCAAAAUUUAUUUUCAUUAUCAAGUUCAAAUGGAGAACGGUUAUGUAAUUUUUUUUUUAUCGUUCAAACUGUAUAAUUUUUAUUAAUCAUUAUGAAAUAACUGAUGAAACUUUUCGUCGGAGCAUGGCCGAAAACCCUUCCCAGGACCUUAUGCAUGAGCUCGUUCGAUUGCCUCGGUGGAAGACAAACUGAGAGGCUUUUUGUUUUAAUACGCUGUGUGAAGCUUUGGUGUUAAAGGCAUACUCACUCUGACGUAAUUAUCGUGUGCCAUGUUAUAUAUUUUAUACAUACGUUUUUGGUUAACUUUUAUGGAUUUUGUAACGACUUUGUGUAUAAUUUCUAUUUAUUUUCUUGGUAUUGUACUUUUAUAGCUAUGGUGAUGAAAAUCUUGGUUUAUUAAGUCUAUGUAACCAACAUAGUCUACUAAGAUUAUUAGAGAUCUCUUAAUAAUUAAGAAACUACCCAUACAGAAAUGUUAUUAAGUUAAUUUAAUACAUUUACUUUGUUUUUUUUAUCUA